AGAGCGCGCGCAGUAUAAAGCGCGGGUUCUUCAGCGCGCCACACCGGUGCUCCUCUCAGUCCAGCCCUGCUCCCCCAGCCGCUCCACGCACGAGAUCAUCCCACGCCGGGACCCCUUCGCGCUCAACCGACCUCCACCACCUCUCCCAACCUGAACUCCCUUAAAUAUGACCGCGCUAUAAUCUUGUUUUUGGAUUAACUCUGUUGGAGCCCUUACUCUGCGCUCCUGUAGUAGCCUCGCCAGAUUCCCAGUACCAGCGUUAGUCCGGCCAUGGGGUGUGAGGUCUCCCGGUAUCCGGGCUGCUGAAGGCGCUGCUGACCGGGCUGUGAAGCGGAUGGCAAGGGGAUUUAUGGUCCGCGAAGAACCAAGAGCCAGAGCCGGGAAAUAAGUGGAAGUUUGAGGUCCGGGAGGAUGCAGGGGACGUGUUGGUGCGCCGUGCUGCUGCUGCUGACGCCAGCCCUUUACCUGGUCUCCACUGUCAACGCCUCCAAGUCCGACUUGGUGAAGGGGGGCACCCCCAAGUCCAUGCUGAAGCACAUCUGGAGCGACGGCGCCAAGGACCUGUCCAUCAGCCGGCUGCUGUCCCAGACGCUGCAGGGCAAGGAGAACCGCACGGCCAUGGACCUGCGCUACGACACGCCCGAGCCCUACUCCGAGCAGGACCUGUGGGACUGGCUGCGCAACGCCACCGACCCGCUGGACCCCCGCUCGCGCACGAAACGGCGGCCCAUGGUGAAGACGGGCAAGUUCAAGAAGAUGUUCGGCUGGGGCGACUUCCACUCCAACAUCAAGACGGUGAAGCUCAACCUGCUGAUCACCGGCAAGAUCGUGGACCACGGCAACGGCACCUUCAGCGUGUACUUCCGCCACAACUCCACGGGCCAGGGCAACGUGUCCGUCAGCCUGGUGCCGCCGACCAAGAUCGUGGAGUUCGACGUGGCGGCGCAGCAGUCGGUGAUCGACGCCAAGGACUCCAAGUCCUUCAACUGCCGCAUCGAGUACGAGAAGGUGGAGAAGGGCUCCAAGAAUGCGCUGUGCAACUUCGACCCGUCCAAGACGUGCUACCAGGAGCAGACGCAGAGCCACGUGUCCUGGCUGUGCUCCAAGCCCUUCAAGGUCAUCUGCAUCUUCAUCUCCUUCUACAGCACUGACUACAAGCUGGUGCAGAAGGUGUGCCCGGACUACAACUACCACAGUGACACCCCCUACUUCCCCUCCGGCUGACUCCUCCUCCUCCACCUCCUCUUCUUCUUCUUCUGUCCCCACACGACGUCACAGAUACAAACAUGAGGAAGGGACACGGUGAAAACACAGGCUAGGGGGGGGGGGGGGGGUCCACCUGUCCCCCACUACAUAA